AUGGCUACCACACAAGGAUGGAGGCAGCUUGACAUUGCCAUCAUUGGGGGCGGUAUUGGUGGCCAAGCUAGCGCGACAUCGUUGCGCCGACAAGGCCACAAAGUGACCAUUUACGAGAGAGCGGACUUUGCUGGUGAAGUUGGUGCUUCCAUCUCGUGCGCUGCCAACGGGACAAGAUUCCUAGAGGAGUGGAAAGUGAACAUUGAGCUUGGCGACCCCGUUGUACUGAAAAAACUCAUCAGCCGUGACUGGAAGACGGGUGAGCCUGUCAGUGUGUAUGACUUGGCUGAUUACAAGGAGCGAUGGGGAUAUACGUACUACAUGUUCCAUCGGCAAUACAUGCACACCAUGCUCAUGGACAGUGCCCUCUCGGAAAGUGGUGACGGAAUUCCAGCAAAGUUGAUUGUCAAUCACAAGGCUGAGACCGUUGACCCUGAAACUGGGGAAAUCACCUUUUCUAACGGGAACAAGGCAAAGCACGAUGUCGUCAUUGGAGCCGACGGAAUCGGCUCAGCCGUCCGCAAAUCUCUGGGCAUUGAAGUCUCCAGGACUCCCGCCACUUGCACCUGUCUACACGCAAACGUAGACACGGAGAAAGCAGUAAAGCUCGGUCUGAUUGACUACUCCCAGAACUCAGCCAUUGAGUAUUGGGGUGGCUAUCACACGCACUAUAAGAUUGUCUUGUCCCCGUGCAAUGGUGGUAAGCUCCUGUCGUACUACUGCUUCUUUCCUCGAGAGGCUGGCGAUGUCCGCGCUCAGAAGUGGGAUGAGGCAUCCACCGUGGAAGAGCUCCUAGCCCCAUACCCCGACCUUGAUCGAAACGUGUUCAAGCAUCUUGCACUUGGGUACGAGGUACGGCCCUGGCGCUUGUGGCUUCACGAGCCCUAUCCCCUUUGGCAAAAGGGUGUUGCAUGCAUCAUAGGCGAUGCAGCCCAUCCGAUGAUGCCGGAUCAAAGCCAGGGCGCAUGCCAGGCGAUAGAGGAUUCAGGUGCGCUUGGCCUCGUUUUCAGCAAACAAAACUUCAAUGGAGAUAUCAAACAAGCAUUGGAGGUCUUUGAAGAAGUACGCAAGCCACGGGGAACAAAGGUUCAAGCUGCAUCAGCAAGGGCUCGUGAAAAUAUUAACGAGAGAAUUGGCUUCUCGAGCAAUACCGACAAUGAGGUGUAUGCAGUUGCAAACGAAGAGGGCAAGCUGACCAUUGAUGAAAUGAACCGGUAA